ACAACAACGUCAAACGUCUUGAACACGUCAACUCGGCUUGCUGUAAUUUUGUAAAUAAAUUGCAAUUUCCUAAAUCUAAAGAAAUAAUGCUUUAACCUGGAUUAAAUUGACAUAAUUCUCUUGCAUUUUGCAGAAAAUCACAUCAAUUUGUUGUCGCCUACGGCAUUACAGCCCUCAAAGCAAAACUCAUCAGUGAAAAAGAUUGAAAACUUGUGAAAAACUAAAAUUCCUUGAAAUUUAAGUAACUAACGCUAAAAUGGUUUACACUACAAUGGAAGGGGCUUUAUUUGAACCCACACUCUACAUAGUAAAAGGCAUGUGCAUCUUGGACAAUGAUGGUAACAGAAUACUGGCUAAGUAUUAUGACAAAAAUGUGCUACCAACUGCCAAGGAGCAAAAGGCAUUUGAGAAGAAUUUGUUUAAUAAAACACAUAGGGCCAAUGCGGAGAUCAUAAUACUGGAUGGGAUGACCUGUGUAUACAAGAGCAAUGUUGACUUAUUCUUUUAUGUCAUAGGAAGCUCACACGAGAAUGAGUUAAUCCUUCAAUCAGUACUGAACGCCCUGUACGAGUCAGUCAGUAUUCUGCUCAGAAGAAAUGUAGAGAAGCGCAUACUUAUGGACAGUUUGGAUGCUGUGAUGUUGGCGUUUGAUGAAAUCUGUGAUGGAGGCAUCAUCCUGGACUCCGACCCGACCUCCAUAGUGGGUCGAGCCGCCCUACGCACUGAGGACGUGCCUCUGGGCGAACAGACCGUAGUUCAGGCAAUAUACAACAUAAUGAAUAACAAUUAUUAAUUUUCAAAAAAUCAAGGAAAAGGGGAAAAGUCUAAUAUAAUUACUUACAGUAGUAUUGUUAGUUUCGUUCUUUAUUUGUUUUUAUUUUUAUUUUUUAUAGUUUAUUGUUCACAUAAUAUAAUAUAUUUUUUUUGGUU